UUUGCAUUCUACCAAAAACAGUCUUAUGUUUCCCCCCUGCCGCUGCGAUUUAGAAGUUGUUUUUUGCCGCGGCCGCCGCCGGAUUUUCCACCGCCACUCCGUCUCAACCGCUACUAUCAACUUAAUUCCGAGGAAAAAUCAAGGCCCCUUCCGGUUGACGGGUGAACGUUGAGUUUUGUUGAAGUUUGCUUCGAAUCGGAAGAGUAAAGGGAGACAUGGAAGGGUGGGAGUGGGAAGGUGCUUCAGGAGAAUUGAGCGACGAGGAGAUUUGCUUGGAAGACAACGAUGACAACGAAGAACUUCUGAACCUCAGUGGUCAUUCAAAGAAGCUUCAGUUCAGGAGUGAUGCUUCGAAGGCCAUAUGGAACAAGGAGUUAGGAAUGGCUGAGGUGAUAGAAAAGAGAGGCAAAAUGUGGAUUACAGUGGGUAUUGUGCGAGGUGGCAAGACAUAUUGCUCAAUUGAGGAGACUAUAUUUUUGGCUGAGGUUGGGGCAUUACAUCUCAUGGACACUACCAAUGUACAAUUCUCCUUGCAACACAUGUACGAGAAGAUUGCAGAAGAGAAGAAUGGUUGCGGCUGGGAGCUUUUUGAGGUUUAUAGGCACUUGAAGUCUCUUGGUUACAUCGUUGGCCGCCAUGGUGUUCCUUGGACCGUGAAGGGUGUAAAGAGCGAGAGCAACUCCAGCUCUUCUCAAGCCACUCUAGACCACAACAACAGCAACAAUGCAGUUGUGGAUGGCGAAUCGAAAGAUGUAGGCUCGAUCACUGAAACGCUUGGUAAUUUGCAGAUUGAUGGGAUGAAACCCGCCUUCGAUGUUUACCUUCCAAACAGCAAGUUCAGGAAGUCUUCACCUGGUCAACCCAACUUUCUCCUCUGCUUAAUCAGGGACAACAUGCCGCUGUCUAUAGUGAAGAUCGAAGCGCUGGAGAGUCUGUGUGGUGGGAUUUCUGUGAAGUUCUGCCAUGUAGAGCAUGGCCGCGUCAGCUUCUUCAGCAUGAAGAAGGCUGAGCUUCCAGUACUUCCUUGAAUCCGUACCUGCGUUGAAUCUCUUAGACUGAACUGACAUUCCCAGCCAGUUGAAUCGACGCACUGAUCACCCCGACGACACUAGUAUGCUAGCUCACUUGCCUGUCAGGUUGAUGUCAUAUAGGUAUACAACUUUUCCAGUCUCCUUCAAGUUCAGUUUAGAGUUGAGACGUGUUUCCACAGUUUUGCCUGAUGUGUGUGUACAAAAAUGGCAAGUCAGCAAGUCAUCGUCGCCAAAUUUCCAUUGCCGGAUUCUAUACGUCUCUCUCUGCUGGAAACCACGCAGAAAUAUCUCUCAGGACUUUCUGCUAUUUCACCCAACAUUUCAACUUUUUCCAGAAAAAAAAAAAGACCUCUCAUUUUCACACAUUGAUCAUGUUUAGUCAUCUCAAACUUUCUAGUUUGUUCAGAAGAAGAAAAGAAGUAAAAAUGGCAGCACAAGAACACUUCCCGCCAUAAACUAGAGCUUCCAUCCAUGGCAGCUAGGAAGCCUUUUACACUCAUGCAUCUCUGUUUCAUAAUCUUCUGCUUCUGCAUCAUCUCGAUCUUUCAGUUUCACGGCUCGACGGCACAGCAACAGCCGAGAAUCAAAGCAGCGUACUGGUACUCCGGCAGCGGCUACCCAGUCGCCGAAAUAGACUCAUCUCUCUUCACCCACCUCGUCUGCGGAUUCGCCACCGUCAACUCCUCCACCUUCCAGCUCUCCACCUUACCUUCCGACUCCAAGUCCUUCACCGCCAUCGUCCGCCGCCGUAACCCAGCCGUCACGACCCUCCUCUCCGUCUGGAACGGCGAGCAACAGACCGCCCGAGCCAUCGCCGGAGAAAACGUCGCCGCCGCCGACUCCCUCCUCUCCGCCGUGGCUUCCACCCCUUCCCGCCGGAAUUCCUUCAUCGAGUCCACCAUUCGAGCCGCCAGAAUCCAUGGAUUUCAAGGAAUUGACCUGAACUGGGUCUGGCCCAAUGCCACCGACGCGGCGGCGAUCGGACCCUUACUGGAUGAAUUCAAAUCCGCCAUCGAUUCUGAAUCGGAAAAGUCAAACAAUUCGAAGCUCACCCUGACCAUGGUUGUUCGUCGCUCCCCGAAUUUUGGAUCCCUCAGCUACCCAGUUCAAUCCAUGGCGAGGAAUUUGGAUUGGGCGCAUCUCUUAGCAUUCGAUUACCACCUACCGACCAGAGAGAAUUUCACGGCGAACCAUGCCGCCUUGUUCAACCCAUCCGGUGAUCGAAAUGACUCAACAGAUGCCGGAGUCAGGGAGUGGAUUCGGGUCGGGUUUCCGGUGACCAAACUGGUUCUGGGAUUGGCGUACCAUGGCUACGGCUGGAAGUUGGCGAAUCCCGGGGAUAACUAUCUGGGAGCUCCGGCGACGGGACCAGCUGUGACGAUCGCCGGCGAUAUGGGGUACAAGCAGAUCAAGUCUUUUAUUCAGAACUAUGGAUUUGGAGCUAGAGCGACGUAUAACUCGACUUACGUUGUGAAUUACUUCGUCGUGGGUUCGAAUUGGAUCAAUUUCGAUGGGGUGGAAGCAAUCGGAGCGAAAGUUUCUUACGCCGUGGAAAUGGGACUCGCUGGUUUUAUUGCGUUCCAGCUGAGCAAUGACGAUAACUGGGAGCUCUCUCGUGCAGCUCAGUUGACGGACAUGGAAGGAAGACAAAACAGGCGGCAGCUGCUGCUGAAAGUCUUGCUCCCAAUUGCGGCGGUCAUCACUCUAUCCGCCAUUGUUCUUUGGUACGCUCGAAAAAGAGUAUUGAAGCAGCAGAAAGGGUCCAUGUUCCAUGGCUACACCAGAAGCUACAACAACAGUCCAGGUCAAGCCAAAGCCUCCCGUUCCUCCUCGCCUGCGUUCUUCGGCAGCAGAGAGCCUCCAAAUCUGCAGGCAUUCACCUUCUCCGACAUCAAAGCCGCCACAAACAACUUCUCAACCGAGAACUUGCUUGGAUCAGGCGGGUUUGGCCCUGUCUACAAGGGCGUGUUGCCUGGAGGGGAGGAAAUAGCAGUGAAGAGGCUUUCAGAAUCAUCGACUCAGGGGAUUGUGGAGUUCAGGAACGAGGUUUCGCUCACUGCGAGGCUUCAGCACGUGAAUUUGGUCAGGGUGGUGGGAUUCUGCACUGAGAAGGAAGAGAAGAUGUUGGUCUACGAGUUCAUGCCCAAUAGAAGCUUGGACUUCUACUUAUUCGAUCCUGUGAGGAGGUUAAAGUUGGAUUGGAACAAGAGGGUUGCCAUCAUCGAAGGAGUGACUCAAGGACUCCUGUACCUCCAAGAGUACUCUAAUUUUACAAUUAUUCAUCGAGAUAUAAAGGCUAGCAACAUUCUGCUGGAUGAUGGGAUGAAUCCGAAGAUCUCGGAUUUUGGGAUGGCCAGGCUCUUCAGGAAAGAUUUGGAUGAGGCCAACACUAGCAGAAUCGUGGGAACAUAUGGAUAUGUUCCUCCCGAAUACGUGAAAAGAGGGAUAUACUCGAUGAAAUACGAUGUUUAUAGCUUCGGGGUCGUGCUCCUACAGAUCAUUAGCGGCAAAAGGACCCAAUUCUACUAUGGUUCAAAUGAAGACCUACACCUCUUAGAACAUGCAUACGAAUCUUGGAGAAAUGGUGAAGGAAUGGAAUUUUUUGACUCAGCAUUGGACGAUUCAUCAUCGCACUGUAAGUUGAUGACAUGUCUACAAUUAGGAUUGUUGUGUGUUCAAGAAAAUCCGGACGAUAGACCAACAAUGCUGGAAGUGUCCUCUGUUCUGAGAAUUGGUGCUCUGGGAAUGGCUACACCAGAAAGGCCUGCAUUUUCGACCAAAAAGGAAAACAGAGAAGAAAUGGAAUCUGGUACCACUUCUAGAUCCCAACGACAAGUAUGUUCGUUUAAUGAGGAUGAUCUCUCUCAAGUGGAACCUCGUUGAUUCGUAUAAUAAUUUGUAUAUAGAAAUAGAUUAACAACAUUCUCUUGUAGAGAACUUCGUUCAGAAUAAAGCAUCAAGAGCUCUAGUAGUUGUUUGAUCGUGUUCGGUCAUGUAUCUUGAUAAGUUUGAUAACAUACUUCGUGUCGAGGUGUAGUUUUUUUUUUUUUUUUUUAUUUCUGCUCAAGUUAUGCAAUCUUUUUGGAAUGAGAUUGUAAAAUGCUUUUCAAUAUUAACAAGUUAAGUGAGACCAUAGAAAUUGUAAAGUUUUUUUUUAUAUAAUAGGA